AGCCGUUCGCCAAGCCGGCGUUCAGUUCUUUCGGGCCUUGCGGAAAUCGCGGCCCAUGGCCGCCCUUGCGGGGGUCACAAGGCCGUGAUGGAUCGCCAUGGCCCUCCGGUGACUCGCGCCGCGAAAUGGACGAGCUCCAUGGGAUCCUUGUGGAGAUGGAGACUUCGAAGGCGACCUUGCAGCACCAGGAAUCCAUGAUGACCAUGGCGGAGGUGAGCAAGAAGGUGGCGCGUUUGUCCGGGCUCCUGGGGUGCUCACGGUUCUCCGACUCCGCUUUGGUGGGGCUUUGCGUGGACCGAAACUUUGCUCUGGUGGUGGGCCUGCUGGGAAUCUUGCGUGCCGGCUGCGCCUUCUUGCCGCUGGAUCCGGGGCAUCCGGUGAAACGCCUGCAGUUCAUCUUGGAGGACUCCGGGGCGCCGGCGGUGAUCUCCCAGCCCAACAUCGGCCAGGUCUUCGGGUCCAGAGAGGUGCUGCUGGUGGACGACUGGGGCGAGCUCUUGCAAUUGGAAGCGCCGGUGGCUUUUUCUAUGGUCAGGUCGGAGAGGGCGUACGUCAUCUACACCAGCGGAAGCACCGGGCGCCCGAAAGGCGUCUCAGUCUCGAGGCGGAAUCUGCACAACGCUCUAUGCUCCUUCCGGGGAAUUUUGGGCGACCUAAGUGACAAGCGCUGGGUGGCCCACACCACGCUCUGCUUCGAUAUCUCCUUGCUGGAGCUGUUGCUUCCUUUGUGGGCUGGCUGCACGCUGGACAUUGCGGAUGCCUCAGCGGCACAGGACGGCCUGAAGGCGCGCCUCGAGCCGGGAGGCGUGCUGCAGGCCACGCCCAGCGCCUUCGCGCUGCUGCGCGCGGGCGGCUGGGCGCCUUCGGGGCUGCUGCUCUGCGGCGGGGAGCCCUUCCCGCCGUGGCUGGCGAAAAGCUGCGGUGCGGCGGAGGUCUUCAACGUCUAUGGCCCCACGGAAGCCACCAUUUGGUGCAGCAGCCAUCGGGUGAGAGAGGAGAGGCAGGUGCCCAUCGGCAAGCCCAUCCGAAACACCUCCUUGUGGAUCGACGGGGAUGGGACUGGCAAGGAUGGUGUGGAGGGGGAGCUGAUCAUCGGUGGGGCAGGUGUGGCAUUGGGAUACUGGAACAGGCCCGAGCUCACCUCCGCCCGCUUCUUUGAGUCGUCCGGACACAGAUGCUUCAGGUCGGGUGACCGGGUUGUGCGGAAGGGAGGGGAGCUCUUUUGCCUCGGCCGGCUGGAUGAGCAAGUCAAGCUCAACGGCUUCCGCAUUGAGCUAGGGGAGAUCGAGGCCUUGCUUGGCUCCGAGGGAAUGCAGGCGGCGGUCCAGGUGAGGCGCAACCUCAAGGACAUCCCUGUGCUGGUGGCCUACAUUGUGUCGGAGACCUUGGAGACCUCUACGUUGCAGGAGGUGAGAGGCCUCUUGGGCCAGCACCUGCCGGAGUACAUGCUGCCGCAGCACGUGGUGCGACUGCAGCGCUUGCCAGUCAACCCCAACGGCAAGCUGGACCGAAAGCAGCUGCCAGACCCGUGGCAAAGCUCGGAGGAGAGUCACUCUUUGCGCGAUGAUCAGCCGGCAGACCAACCGGCUUCGGGCGGACAGGUACACUGGUCGGAGGCAUCUCUGCGAGAGAUGGUGCUGCACGCUGUCGCGGAGGUCACUGGCCGAGAGCUUGACUGCGAGCACACCGGCGAGUGGCGGCAGUUGGGCCUCAACUCCUCCAUGGCAGCCCCGUUCGCUGCGAUCUUGGAGCGGCGCUUGUCGUUCCGUGCAGGCUUCACCCUGAACGCCUCGCUGAUGUUUCAACAUCCCACGGUGCCGCGACUCGUGGCCGCCCUCGCGGCAUUCGUCGCGACCAGCGACGACUCGCCGGCGCCAGAGGCGGCGCCGGAGACGGCGGUGGUGCGGCAUGUGGUGUCCCUGGGCACAUUGUGCAUGACGGCGCAGGCCAUGGAGGCGCUGGGCUGGCGGCGCUGGCCGGGGCCCUUCGACUGGGUCUUCAGCUCCCCGGAGAUGGUGGCCCACUGCCUGGCCGAGGACUUCGCGAGCUUUUUGGAGCCCAAGCACUUCUUGGCCACGGCCUGCAAGAAGGCUGGACACGCUAUAUAUUCAAAGAUGCUGGGACGAGAUGUCAUCUUCAACCACCACAACCCGAUGAUACCGCAGGAGUACGAGUUUUUGUCCAGGUGCGUGGAGUCCCUCCGCGGACUCUUGCGGCCUUUCAAUGGGGAGCAGUCGCCACAGGAUACCGUGCUCUUCCUUUUGUUCAAUCUGGAACGCAGAGCCCCGCUCAACACGGGCAUCCUGGAGCUUUUCGACGUGCUUCGCCAGGCCUGCCAUUGGAGCUACCAACUUGUUGUUGUGAAGGUGUACACCAAGUCCAUGGACACGCCCGACCACCGUUUGCUGCAAACUCGCUGCUGCACACAAGGACAACUGAAGCAGGAGCUGUUUGUAUAUGAGCUGCAUGCUCAGGGUUCCCACGAUGGAUGGCGAUUCAGUGACGAGGCAGACACUCAGGCGUUGGAAUCUCUAUUGCUCGCUGGCCCGCGGCAUAUGCGACUGGUCUCCAGCCCGCCUUCUGGGAGGUUAUUUGCUUGCAAGACUCCUUCCUGCCCUUACCUCAGCACCUGGCUCUCGACACACUGCUGCUUCACCUGCGCCAAGACCAAGGGCUCCAAGCACGGCGACAAGUGUGAGCUACUUUUGGACACCAAACGCCGCUCCCCGCCCUCCGCGCCUUCCUUGCCAGCCCAAAAAGCCGCGGGCGCAGUGAGCCGCGCGCAGCGGUUCCAGGCGCUGCUCUCCGCGCCGAGAGGCGCUCUGGUGCUGCAGGCCUCGGCGCUGCGGAAGCUACGCGGCGUGCUGGAGGGCCCGGCAGAUCCAUCCGUGGAUUGCGGCGCGUGGCAGUCCCUGGGGCGCCCGGUCUUCGCAGAUGGGUGCAAAGCCAUUUGGUGCCCCAAACCCGGAGAUCUGCCGGCGGCCCUGCGGCUGCUGGAGUCGACGGCUUGGGCCUUCCUUCUGGUGGCCCGGUCUGCGCUGAGCGGCGGCGCGGGCGAAGCGGGCGAAGCGGGCGACGCGCCAGCAGCGCCGGCGGGGCUGGCCGUGGCCUUCCGGUUCAAGACGAACAUGGACUUGCUGGCAGUUGAGCACCCCGACUCCGGCAUUCUGGAAAAGCUGCCCAGGACCAGCGAGGAGUACCUUUUGCUCCGAAGGGCGUGA